AUGCCUAAGUUUGGGCACCAGCAGCAGAUUGGGGCGUCUGGUUCAUGGUGGCAAUUUCGUCUAGAGAGGAAGAAAAGUUCAUUCCGCCCGUUUGAUCUUUCGGACUACACCCAAGAAUUUCUUGACGACAGCCACGAGUCUGACGACGAAGGAGAUGACUUGCCUGAGAGCGGUCUCGACGUGAUCACCUCUCCUGAUGAGGCGGCAACACGGAAGAAGCAUGACGAAAUAGAGAGUGCGAGAAGGGAGGCUGCAGCGAAGGAGCGUGCACUCCAUGGUAAGGAAUGUGUUCAUUAUUUCAACGAGGCGAAGAGAUAG